CUUUAUGUCAAAUGUUCUUGUGAUGUCCUUGGCCUGGGGGAACACAUAUCUAUACCAGGCCAAAAUCUCUCUUGAUUCGGAAGGAUAGUCAAAAUUAAUGCCUGUCAUUUAUCCGGUAUGCGCACAUUUUAUUUACUUUUUGAUACCUGGAAGCAUUGAUGACUGCCUGUGCACAUUCCCAAGUGUUACUGUUCUCCUUACAGCCACCACAAUGCCUAUGCUGGAGAUUGCUACUAAUGUGCCCAAGGAGAAAGUAACGCCAGAUGUGCUCACCACACUCAGCAAGAUGGUUGCUGAGAUGCUCGGCAAGUCAGAGAGUUAUUGCAUGGUUCGCGUCGUCCCAGACCAGCUGAUGACAUUCGGCGGCACAACUGAGCCUUGUGCAGUGACCUUGUUCUGCUCCCUCGGCAAGAUAGGAGUGGAAGAGAACAAGACUUAUGCAGCUAAGCUCUUUCCCUACCUGGAGAAGACCCUCGGCAUCCCCACUGACAGAAUGUAUAUCAAGUUCAAGGACUUGAAAACUUCAGAGAUUGGAUACAAAGGAACAACGUUCCAUGAAAUUCUAGGCCGCUAAUCUUGCAUCAUAGAGGAAAGGCAGAUGGCAGCCAACUUAUUGGCUUUCAUUAGACUGUUUGUGAUAAGGAUAUGAAAUUCACAAUUUUCAGGCUGCUAAUACCUCUUAACAUUCAACACAAUUCAUGAUCAAGCCUUUUGUUUGAUAAAAGUUUAGGAUAUAGCCUACAUCUGUAUCUGUUAAAGAUAUAUAUAAUGCUGCUGGCAAACUAAUGUGAUGAAUAACUAUAAUAAUAAUGAAUGAUAUGAAGAUAA